AUGCUGGUCCAGUGCUUCCAAAAGUUCUCACAAGUGUCUGGAUUGAGUGCCAAUACUGAGAAAAGCUCAGCGUACUUUGGUGGUGUCCCUCGGGAGAUCCAACAACAAAUCCUUCAGGCUAACCAAUUUGGUAAGGGAGAUCUACCUUUUAGGUACUUAGGCAUUCCCUUGAGUACAAAAAGGUUGUCUAUUAUUCAAUGCAAACCUCUAAUAGACAAGAUGCUGGCUAGAAUAAAAUCAUGGACCACUAGAUACUUAUCAUAUGCUGGAAGAAUCCAACUUGUGAAAUCUGUGUUGUACUCUAUUCAAGUAUAUUGGUCACAAGUGUUUGUGCUGCCAAAAAAAGUUGUUCAGAUGAUAGAAGCAAUUUGCAGAAGUUUUGUGUGGACUGGAGGUAGUAAUCUUAGCAAGAAAGCAUUGAUUGCUUGGGAUAGAUUAUGCCUUCCUAAAGCAGCAGAGAGUCUAAAUAUUUUAGACAUCUAUACAUGGAACUGGGCUGCUAUUGGUAAACUACUAUGGAACAUAUGCAGAAAGAAAGAUUGCCUACGGGUAAAAUGGAUCCAUGCAUACUAUACCAAGGCAGGGGAAGUAUGGCAGACUAAGACUACCCAAGCUUCACGGGUGGUACAGAAAAUUAUUAAAACAAAAAGCAUGUUUGAAAAAAUAGGUCUCCAUGAAACAGAUGUAGCUGCUAUGACCAAAUACUCAAUAAAGGAUAUAUAUGGAGCCUAUCAUGGGGAAUUUCAGAAAGCACCUUGGAGAAGAAUGGUCUGCAACAAUAAUGGCCAACCUAAAUGGACAUUCAUCUUAUUCUUGGCUCUUCGCAGAAAACUGCAAACUAAGGAGAGGAUAACAUCCUGGGCAAAUCUAGAGGAUAUGGACUGUGUGCUGUGCAAGCAAGAAAAUGAAGAUAUCGCCCAUUUACUAUUUGAGUGCAUGUAUGCUAAACAAGUGUGGUCAAAGCUCCUAGCUUGGCAAAGCAUAAAAAGAGAAGUGUGGAACUGGAAGCAUGAAGAAAGGAAUGCUAGAAUUUUCAAGGAUAGCAGCAGAUCUGCAGAUCAAGUGGUUAAGAAACUGAUAAGAGAAGUUCAUGUUAGAGCUCGCAAA